GGUUGUUUGAAACAGCUUGAACUUCAGCUUGAACCCCAAAAAUUAUCGCCGUCAAUUUCUCCUCGCGGUUGGGCAUGAGAGCCAUUUUGGCCUUUUACCAUACUUAGUAAAAGAAUGAGUAACCUUGGUCCACUCUCCCCGUCUAUAGAGUUGCCUUCUUCUGCUAAAUUCAUCAUGAUUUUAGUUAAAACGGAAGUACAUCUUCCAAAAAUCUCCAGUUGCCUUCAUAAGACAGAAAGAAUAACCAGAUUUCAUUGUCUAUUCCAUUUGCCUUUUCUGUUCGCCGUGAUGCAGUUGCCGUUGUCUCCAAGUUGCCUUCAGAAGUCAAAUUACCAAGAUGUCAGAUUCAACUCCACCUCCGCAAUCCGAAAUUUAAUGGAGAAAAAUAAAUUCGACUGCUGCUGUUAACACCUAGCGGUUCUCCAGAUUCUACUCUUCCUUCUUAAAGACAGUAGAAAUGAACUUUUUCAUAGAAGUUUUGAACUGUUCCAGAGGCAGCUCCUCGAACAGAAACAAAAACAGAAACGCCAGAUCCCUGGAAUGGUCCAUGCUUCAGAUUCCAGACCUCAGACAGCAAGAGCCUGGCGCGGUGGAAAUGAAGAAUCGAAGCCUCUGAUGACAGGCUACAGUGUCAACAAAAAUAAUGAAGGUGUAGUGCUGUGUUACGACGGGCCACUACAGUAUACAAUGUCUCCUAAUAACCCGGAUGCAAUGCCUGCUAUUCAAGUCACAUCACAAAUCAUUCAGUCCAAUGCCCCAGAAACAGAGGAAUUAUCUCCAAAUCCAGAAGAUCUACAAACGAAAUUAGAAAAAUUGAAUUUAUCAUCUCAAAUUGAUUUUGAUGCCAGUGAUGAUGAAGAUCUGGACAUAUCGCCACUUGAAUCUCCUCAGGGUGAGCCUGGACCAAGUAAAAUCAUUGAUAGGGAUAGUGUUGGCUCUCAUACGAAAAGCGAAGAACGAUCUUCAGCAACCAGAAAUGGACGUCCUCCAUUACAAAGACAAGAUUCCUCGACGGGUUCUCAGAUGGACACUCCAAAACUAGAAAGUUUGGAAAUGGAUGAUUCUCUGGGAAAGCUCGAAAAUUUUCUAGACGAUCUGGCAGCCUUUGCCACUGAAGCUUGUCCACAGGGAAUCACAGUUAGAUGCCGUAUAAGCCGAGAUAAAAAAGGAAUCGACCGAGGGAUGUUUCCGACUUAUUUCUUACAUUUAGAGAGACAAGAUGGGAGAAAGGUAUUUCUACUCGCUGCUCGCAAAAGGAAAAAAAGUGCUACCUCCAAUUACCUCAUUUCCACGGAUCCGACAGACUUGUCUCGAGGUGGAGAAUCUUUUGUGGGUAAAUUAAGAUCAAAUUUGUUGGGAACAAUAUUUACAGUUUAUGAUGCGGGUUUGAACCCUAAGAAAAAGAUCAGUGAACAAAAAGAUUCCCGAUGUGAAAUAGCAUUGAUUGCCUACGCUACAAACGUUUUGGGAUUUCACGGGCCGAGAAAGAUGUCAGUAAUACUACCAGCUCUUAAUAGCGAGAACAAAAGGAUCGAAAUGAAAUCUAGUGUAGAAGGGGAAGGUUUGUUAGAAAAGUGGAAAAGUAGGAAUAUGGAAAAUUUAUUGGAAAUGCAAAACAAAACUCCUGUCUGGAAUGAUGAUAGUCAGUCGUACGUUUUGAAUUUCCAUGGAAGAGUGACGCAAGCUUCCGUCAAAAAUUUUCAGAUUGUGUCUAUCAACGACCCCGACUACAUAGUUAUGCAGUUCGGGAGGGUAUCGGAAGACAUUUUCACGAUGGACUACAGUUACCCCAUGUGUGCUCUUCAAGCUUUCGCAAUAGCAUUAUCGAGUUUGGACAGUAAACUGGCAUGUGAAUAACAUUACCUUCUUCCAAAAUAGAAUGAAAUCGAUUUUGUGUAUCUGUGAAACCAUCGAACCUUAUUCUUGUGGUAUAUGAAAUGUUUAUGUUUAAUUUAUUUUCAAUUAGAAAUAAGUAAUUCGUCAAAACAUGCUCACAAAUGAUAUUAAAUAUAAAACGAUCGUUUUAUUUAAAAUUUAAUUUAUAAUUUUUUCAAUACAAAUUACCUUGCUCCAGCAAUAAAUCAAUGAUAGAGAUUCGUUUUAUUUUGAACUGAGCUAUUUCUAAAAAUGUUUUCUCAAAUUUGAGAAAAUAAACAGCUCACGCUCUACUUAUUAUGUACGAUUUCAAUCAUAGUCUUGCGUAAUUUUGAAUAUUAAACAACCCGAUACGAGCCAUAACUUUACGAAAUUAAACUUUAGUGAAAGGUAUGCUAACUGUAUUUCAGCAGAAAAUGAUUCAGAAUAAUGGAGCAGAAGAAUCGAGUACAAACGCAAAAUUCAAUGCUUCUUUCACAAUAGAUUUAUAAGGCAGACUUACAAAUGGUUUACCAAAUUUAAACAUUUCCAUCAAGUUCAAGAAUUAUAUUGCAUCAAAAAUACAAAAACAUAGCACCAAAGCUUUUAUUAUGAAAUAUUGCUAUUUUCUGCUAGAUGACUAAAUGCAACCAUUGAAUCAUCUAUGUUGCAUAAGAUAUUUAGUCGAAUGUAUAGAUGCCGAAACUGCAUUAUGGGUAUGAAAAUACAUAUAAUUUUUUUGAAAUAAGCGGUAAAGAUCCUCUAAAUAAAAUAUAAAAGAAAGUGGGAAAAUGUGUUAAUUGUAUAUUAUUUUAAUGCUUUUUCUGUGACAAAAUUCGCUAAUAUCGCCAUCCUCAUUCUUAUUGACUUCUAAAAGUUGAGGAUGCAGCUGUAAACUUGACUGUUUUUAUGCUAUGACUAGCUUUCAUAAGAGAGGAGUCAACUAAAAUUCCUAAAUAUAAUAAUAUAAUUAUGGGCAAAAUAAUGUUAACUCUGCUUAAGUAAUUACUUCACACAUAAGAAAUUCACUGAGAAAAUAAUUGGGAUAGAGACGAAACAAACAUGCUAAUAUGUGAAGUGAUCUCACUAAACUUUGAUACAAUCAUUUUCGCCAUAUCUUCGAUCCACUUAGGUAAUCCAGUGGAGCAGAAGGGUAAUUUGUAGAUCCUGAGAGAGUCUAUGUUACUGGCUGUUGGACACAUAGCUUUUCAACAUUAUCCCAAAGAUUUUCGAUGGGUUUAAAAUAGGGAAAUAAAGCAAACUUAGUAGCAUAGAUUUUGAAUAAAAUGAUGUUGAUUUUGAGAGUGACCAGACACAGAUCCCUCUUCUUCAACAGAAAAAAAUGUGAAAUUUCACUAAAAAGGUUGUUUCUUAAGGGAAUCCAGAUGGCUGAUUAAGAGGGUACCAGUUUUACCUAGGUUUUUAGGUUCAGUACUUGGCCAGGAUGUGGCAACUUUGGGCUUUCAGUUGUUGAUCAAUAGGAAUCUGAUGUGCCCAGUGUUUCUUCUAAUUUUUUGGACAGUUGCUAACACAAAGUGAAUACAUUACCUUGGAUAUCAUUAAUAUUUUAUGUGAUGUCCUGUAACUAACUUUGCAAAUGGUUUAAAAUUGCUGCAUGGCUGUUUUGUUUCCUGCAAUUCCUUAAAUUCAAAAAUUCUUACGAACUUAGGAUUACUCCAAAGACUGCGGGUUUUAGCUCAAAGUUACUAUGUUCUAACUUUUCCAAAUCUUGUUUAAUAACCUUCAAUCUCCUUUCUCAUUAACAUCUAGACUGUUUUUUUAACAUUUUUACGUUUGCAAACCCCUUAAAAUUAUUAUUAAUUUCAUAUGUUAUGUUUAGAAAUGAACGCCAUGUAAAUAUAAUGCAAUAUUUGGCUAAUCUUUUUUCUUGUGUAAUGUUAGCAUUCCACGACACCCCUGUUGAGAAACGUUGUCUUCAAUUUUGGAUUAUCCUGCACGUCUCUUUUUCUAACCAUAUUAGUAACAAUAUUUUCUCACAUAAAUCUGUAAGUGUACAAGAAUGCAAAUUUUUAUUAAUAUUCUGGAGGGCCGCCCGUAAUAUGUAAAAGAAAAUUAAUAAAAAAAAAAAAAAAAAAAAUAAAAAAAAAAAAAACAGCUGAAAUGAUUGCAAGAAAAUGUGAGCAGAUUUGAUAAAUAUGACUUUCUUAGAGCCUAAAUCUUUAAGCUUCAUAUUUUAUUGGUCUUUAAAGAACCUUUCAUAAAAGUUGGAAAUUCUUGCAAUGCUCAUUUAUUUACUCAGUGAUAGUUAUCUAAAUCGAAAACUGGUUUAUUACCUUUAGCUUAUGCUGCUUGUUUCAGCGACAUCUUUCCGCAACCUGCCUGAUUCGUUGCUCAGGGCAUUAUAUUACGUUUAUUCCCAAACAUGAAAAAUGAAAAAAAUGCAAUUAUUUGUAAUUUUUGCUAUAACUUCCGAAACAUUCUUGCCACAGUCUUCUACGUUUAAAGCACAAUUAAUCUAUUGAGGGUUCUGCUAUUAAAAAGAUAUCUGCAACUUUUUUAAUUCGGUCAUUUAUCUCUUUUAUAAUGCCACUGAUAAAAUUCUUCCUGUUCAUUACCACUGGAUCUCCAGAUUUUGCAAUACCUUCCCGAAAUAAAACAACUGCAUUUUAAGUACAGUGCUCGAGUCUCACCAAUGUAUAUGUGAGGGAAGCUUUUGGUUCAUAAAAAUAGGAGCAAUUCUCUUGCAGUGUUAAAAGUCUAUAUUAUAUCUUUAUACAGAAAAAACUUUACACGGCAAUGUUAUUACAGAUAGAAAUACCGUGUGUUCUUCUUAAAUUUAAAUGCAUUUAAGCUACAUAUUUCUUUCCACAUUUUCCAUUAUAUUUAUGUAUUAUUUUAUAAAAAAACAUAGGUUUAUUUUAAAGAUCUGUUCAUGUGAAAUGACGUUUCAGGUGAAAUGAGUUAAAGCAAAAAGGAAAAAAAAAAUAUCUAUUAUUGUAUAAAGUUGCAUAAUUACAAUGUUUCUAAAUUUUACAAAUUUAAUAUUUAUUUAUAAUAAUUGUAGUUGAUAUAUUAUUAUGUUAAAUAAAAAUUGUUUGAAACAAAA